CUCAUCAUCCCACAAAUCCCUUUUUUCUAUCUAACCUAAACGAAAUAACCAUGGGUUCUUCGCAACUAUUUCCAUCUGUCUUGUGUCUGAUCAUCAUAACAUUUUCCUCCACCAACAUUGCGGUAGCGCGUUCUCAUUUUGGGAAAGCAGUUCAAGAUUCAGGUACAAGCUGUCCUAUCACGGAUACAAACAGUACUACUACUACAGGUACGAGCUGUCCUAUAAUUCCCACAACCGAUACAAACAGUACUAGUGCUCCUAAUACAACUCCAACUUCCGAUACCAAUAGUAGUACUGCUACUCCUAAUACAACUCCAACUUCCGAUACCAACAGUACCACUACUACUACUACUACUCCUGAAACAAUUCCACCUACCGAAACAAACAGUACCGCUACUAUUCCAACUCCUACCGAAACUUUCCCAUGUCUGUCGAAGAAAAAGAUUUCUUCCAUUAAUUGCUUAACGAUGGCACAAGGAUAUUCUACCGACUGUGUAGCUCUCCCAAAUGUUGAUUCCGUUUCAUGUAGCCUACCUGCAAUGCCUUGUCUUUCACUUUCAGAUAUUAGGAAGCUUCCUUGUAUGCCACCUCAAGAUUCAUCAAGCGGUUCUUGUAUUUCACUUACAAAUGUCCCCAACGUUUGUUCACCAAAUAAUAUGCCAACACGUUAAGCACGUAUACCACCACUACUGCUGCAGCAGCAACAUGUGCUACUGCUCUUAUAUAUAUAUAUAUAUAUAUAUAUUUAUAAGUACAAUCACUAAAUAAAAGGUAUGGAUAAUACUUGGAGGGGUCUCUUGAUAUCUGCGAGUUACUUAUUAUCUACAAUUUCAAAAUAAAGCAAGGAGUUGAUGAGAUCAUAUCACUGCUCAUAUGAUUUCUUUUUUAUCUUGUUGUAAUCGAAAGCAUUCUAAUAAUGGCUUUGUGAUCAGUUGGUUACGUUACAGUUAUAGCUUAAUAUGAAGUCUGUAAUUCUAAUUGCUUUUGAUUAUCUUUCAAUAAUAGAACCCUUCUUUCAACUUAAUUAA